GGUAAAUCAGAGCGUGCAUUCAAAGCGUACACAUCGCUAUUUAUGCGUCAUCUGUGUGAGCCUGGUGCAGACACUCAGGAAUCUUUCAACGAUGGCGUGCCACGAGAGGGUCUUAACAGACAGCAUGUGCUGACUCGAAUCGGUAUUAUGUCGCUGAUCAGAAAGAAAGUUCAGGAGUUUGAAUCGAGUAACGGGGAUUGGUCAAUCCCAGAGGUGAAAGAGCGUCUGGCAGCACAGGCGAUCGAAGAACGAGAAGGAACGUCAAGUAAAGGUGGCUCGAAGGCAUCGUCUCGCAGUGGUACACCGGCCUUGAAGGAGACCACUCCUGACUCGAAUUCAAAUUCUAGAAUGGAGACCGAUAAAGAGGAGGAUAAAAUGGAAACAGACGAAGGUGCACCGAAGGGCGUAGUGAGCAAAGAGGAGGACCGAAAGAAUCGUGCUCCCCGACCAUCCUUCAAGUUCAACAUUGCCGAUGGUGGGUUCACCGAAUUGCACACGUUGUGGCUGAACGAAGAGAAGGCAGCCGUGCCGGGCAAUGAGUAUGAAAUAUGGCAUAGGAGACACGAUUUCUGGUUGUUAGCCGGGAUUGUAACAUAUGGUUAUGGUCGUUACCAAGACAUUCAGAACGAUCCACGAUUCUCGAUCAUCAACGAUCCGUUCAGAACAGAACAAGGCAAAGGCAAUUUCUUGGAGAUUAAAAACAAAUUCCUUCAACGCCGUUUCAAGUUAUUGGAGCAAGCGCUGGUGAUUGAAGAGCAGUUGAGACGUGCAGCGUAUCUGAAUUUGACACAGUCGAAUAACGAUGGAACUCAGCAGUUGAACGAGCGUUUUGCAGACAUCGAGUGCCUAGCGGAAAGUCAUCAACACCUGGCCAGAGAGGGUAUGCAAGGCAACAAGAACGCGAAUGCAGUCCUUCAUAAGGUAAACCUUCAUAAGGUUGAUAUUAAACUUUUUUGUUGA